GUAUCUUCUUAACUUACGGCGAUACAUUCUAAACAACAAACACGCGGGCGAGGAGGUGGUUGCUGUAUGAGAGUAUUGUGAGGCCUAGGCGUAGUGUUGUUCGAUAUUGUUCAACCAGAUUCAACCAAAGGGAAGUACCUUUUCAAGAUGAGUCAGUCCGGCAGAUUAUACCGUCAGAUGUUUGCAUUUGGCAGUAGAGACCUUACGCAUUGGUUUCCAUCACAUAUGGCCAAAGGAAUGAAAAAGAUGAUGGCAAUGUUGAAGAAAGUUGAUUUAGUAAUUGAAGUACAUGAUGCAAGAAUCCCAUUAGCAGGAAGGAAUCCAAUGCUAAAAGAAUUGUUGGGCGUUCGGCCAAGUUUACUCAUUCUGAAUAAGAUGGAUCUUGCCGAUUUAAGGAUAACUAGAAUGGUUGUAAAAAAACUGAAAGAGGAAGAUGGCGUUGAUCAAGUAAUGUAUACUGAAUGCUUAACUCAACACAGUCGCUCAGCUAAAAAGAUUAUUCCAAAAAUUGUAGAAAUUAUUGAAUCCUGUGAUAGGUACAAUAGAACAGAUGAAGUGGAAUAUUCCAUUUUAUGCACAGGGAUACCUAAUGUUGGUAAAUCAUCUUUGAUCAAUGCGAUGAGGAGACUACAUAUUAAAAAAGGAAAAGGAACAAGUAUAGGACAGAUGCCAGGAGUCACCAAAUCUGUCUUACACAAAAUAAGAGUCAAUGAAAGACCAACAGUUUGGCUGUAUGACUCCCCAGGUGUCCUCACUCCCAAGAUUCAACAUCCAGAAGUUGGAAUGAAACUUGCUGUAUGUGGAACGAUACCAGACCAUCGGGUUGGGGUGGAUAUAAUCUGUGAUUACUUACUGUACACACUCAACAAACAAGAACUCUACAGUUAUGUUGAAUACUUUGAGCUGAACAGCCCUACAGAUGAUGUUAUGGAGGUUCUGUAUCAUAUUGCUGAUAAAGUCAAUGAAAGACCAACAGUUUGGCUGUAUGACUCGCCAGGUGUCCUCACUCCCAAGAUUCAACAUCCAGAAGUUGGAAUGAAACUUGCUGUAUGUGGAACGAUACCAGACCAUCGGGUUGGGGUGGAUAUAAUCUGUGAUUACUUACUGUACACACUCAACAAACAAGAACUCUACAGUUAUGUUGAAUACUUUGAGCUGAACAGCCCUACAGAUGAUGUUAUGGAGGUUCUGUAUCAUAUUGCUGAUAAAUAUAAGAAGACAUCUUUAUUAAAAACGUUUGAUGGAUCUGUGGUAAGGAGGCCAAAUACAUUUGCAGCUGCAGAUAUUAUGUUGCAUGCAUUUCGUAAAGGGAAGCUAGGCAGAGUAACCAUGGACGCAACGUAGUUUGAUCUGACAUUGAAGCCUCCAUAGUAGUUAAAUGCAUUUAGAGCAGCAAAUACAGUAUGUUACAGACCUUAGUGGAAAGCCUGGCAGUGACCUAUGACAUAACCUGGGUCAACUGAUACAUCAUAGCUUGCACUGUUGGAUCUUUCUCAAGUUCAGAUUUCUCAAGUUCUACAGAAAUUUAGCCUUGUUACGUAUGGAAUUGGAGAAAAUAUUAUGGAAUAUCAUUAGGCCUACAUCCAAUGUCCAGGAUGUCUUGACAUUCCACAGCUGUUAUUACACUAUAGGCGAGAUUUUUUUUAUACCUUGUUUAGUUGACCAAUCAGUACACAUGCUGCCUCCGUUAGGAAAUUUAUUUUAAAUUUCUUUCUGUAAAUUGACGUACAUGCCGGAUAUGUAUUAAAUAUUCAUAAACUUUGA